AUGCCGUUCCCAGUGAGCAUGAUGCCUUCAACGCUUCCAUCAUCUGAUAGCGCACCAACUCUCGUCGAGAAUAUCACCGAUCCAGCUGAACGCCAAAAGGCCAUCGAGAGAAACCGGAUCUUGGCCAGAGCACAGGAGUUGGAGGAUCUUGCUCAGAAGUGUAAGAAGGAGUACAAUGAAGCUUUUGCCCAAUACAAGGUUCUCAAGGAUCUUGGAACUCUCACUCCAGAGGAACACGCGUUGAACCACAAACUCACUAAAGAGAAGGAGGCAAAGGCUUUCGUCGCUCUAAAAAUGUCACGCCAAGUUUGCUGGGACGCAGAAUUAGAGAUCAGCAGAUUGGAUGAAAAAUGA